AUGGCGCACUCCCGAACGCACUCCGUCGACACGGAGAUGCACGAACUCAACCAGGAGGCUGACUAUCUCGAGGAGAAGACUCAUAUCGUCCCAGGCUCCAACGGUAGCGAUGCGAAGCUGCAGAGACAUGAUAACGACCCUGAUGCACAGGCCAUGGUCGUCGCGUCACUUCGGUCACAAAUCCAGGAUCUCUUCUCGCAGGUCUCCCAGCUCAAUAGCAAGCUGGUGAGCUCGUAUGACAGGGUGUCUGACCUCGAGGAUGAGCUGCAUGUUACCUCAGCGAAUCUACGUUCGACGACACUCAAGGUCUCAGAGCUCGAGCUCGAGCGUUCGCAGCACCUCUCCGCUCUCAGCACAGGGCUGCUCGUCGAGAAGGAUCAUGUCACCACCGAGCUUAAUCGACUCAUGGAGAAGGCGACCGAAGAGGCGGCACAACGAGGACAGGCAGAAAGCGCGCGAGCCGAGAUCGAGAAGGACCUGGAUGACCUGAGCGCGAACCUCUUCAACCAAGCAAACAACAUGGUCGCGGAAGCGCGGAUAGCGCAGGCACGAAGCGAGCGCAAGGCUGAGGAGACGGAGCGCGCUCUGCGGCAGGCCGAGGAGGUCGUCGGCUUGCUACAGGAGCAGAUGCAGGCGCUGCAGGGGGAGAAGGAGCGCGCAGGCAGGGCGGUCGAGGAGAUGAGGAUCACGAUGGGCAAGGGCAAGUGGGUGGAUAGGCCGCAUGAAACGAUGCAAAGCUCGCGUCCACGACUGCUGUCAUCGCACGCACCGUACCAGGAGUACCUCAUGUUCAUCUCGCACCUACGCACAAUCCGGCCCGCGAGCCAGCACCCACCGGCCAUGUCAACGCUGCUACCAUUACCAUUCCUCGCCCGGCUAGUCACGGAAGACUCUGACCCCACCGUUCGACUGGACCUCGCACCUUCGCUCAACUGGCUCUCAAGGAGAUCAGUUAUAUCUGCCAUUCACAGCGGCCAGCUUACUGUUGAGCCAAUGUCCACCCCCGUUCUAUUGGAAGAGCUCGCUCCAUCCACGAUACCCGGCGCACAUCAUACCCAAAUCUCGUGUGCACUCUGCGGCACGUCUAUCAUCUCGCCACCUCAAUCUGACUCGCCCACUGCAGUAGCGUUCCCCUCAACAGGUGGUCCAGUGCGACCGCACGGCAACAGCUCAUGGUCGUCUUCUUUAUUCAAGAAUUCGAUUGUCCAGACGAUCUCGGCAGCCAACCAUGGUGUCCUUACCCACUCCCGUAGUCAGUCACCCGCACCGCCAAUAAUCUCAGAGCCUCCCGCGCAAGUCUACAUAUUCCGCGUUGCUGCGACAUCAUCCGGUCUCCCGGUUUCACUUCCACUCUCGUCGCAGCAAAACAGCGCGCAGAACCGUCCAACAAUAUACCCUUUGUGUACGUCAAAAUGGUGCCUUGCGCGCCUGCGCACUACAUGCUCGAUGUGGGCAUUCGUUCGGACAAGCAUGGUCGAGAAGGUAUGGGAGGAAAGUCCAUAUGUGGCCCCUGUGCGCCCUUCCCCGGCAGGCACCAUCAACGGUAUCAACGGUCUGGAUAAGCAUGACGCGGUGAAUGGCGUGUCAGAAGCCGACAGGAAGCCUACAGUGCCCCCACGGCGGGCGCGCAUGGCGAUCGGUGCGCUCUGGGGCUCAGUGUCUCGUAGUCUGAGCAGUAGCGGGAAGGAGCUCGAGGCAGAGCUGCCGAAGGCGGUUCCUGAGAAGCCCCUGCCUAAGUCGCCGACGACACCACUACUCCCGCCGCCUGUGCACCCCUCACUGUCUGCUCCUGCGAGAACGUCGACUGUCCCUCCGACUCCCCCGCCUUUGCCCAAGAGGAAUCGUGGCAGGGACACGAAGUCAAAGACCAUCGCGUCUCCCAGUGACGAUGCUGAUCCUAGUCCUACUCUCGAUCGCAAAGCCUCGCAAGACGUGUUUACUACACCUGCAGAAGAACCAGCUGCGUUUGUCGAUCUGCGCGUUCCGUCACCGACUAGCGUUCCCUUACCUCCGUCAUCACCGCCUUCUCCAGAGCCACAUGCAUCAGUACAACCACCGUCUACAACACAUCAUAUGCAGGAGGGGACCGGCUCGUCACGUAAUGGGUCUCCCGCUCCCCCACCAUUACCACGCCGCGCGGCCGCACGGCCGCGCCCCGUCUCUGUUAUUGUUCCUCAAGAGCCCGCCGCGCCCUCUGAGACCGAAGCCAACCAACCGGAGUCUGUUGUCAACGAACCGAAGGAGAACGAUGGCACUCUUUCCGUAUUCGGCGAAGUUGGGGAGCAAGCAGUGACCGCAUCUGAAGCCGAAGCGAAGCAGGACACCAACGGCGCGCCUCAAGAAUCUGAGGCCCCGGCAGCCGAAGCACCAGCCGACGUUGCAGUGCAUGAAGAACCUGCUGCGCCUGAUGGCCAGUCCGUAGAGCCGGCAUCGCACGAACAGGAAGAGGAGCAAUCCGCCGUGGAGACCAAGCCAGAGGUGCCGUCUGCGACCAUCGCGGUUCCUGAAACUGCUGACACAACGAAGGUUGACGAAGUCCUGAAUGAGGAUGCCGAUGGCAGCCGGUCUCUGCUAGACACAUCUUCACUCAACGGGCUCGUAGACGGUGUAGAGGGGCAGUCAGUUCAGGAUCGCAAAAACGCGGCCGAUGCGGUCGGCUUGACAGAUCAUCACCCGGCUGCUGAUGCGCAGGUCGAGUUACUCAGCGGCGUGCACGAUGAGCUGACAGAGACUGCAGCGGAUGAACCUGGCUUGUAUGUUGGCGAUGCAACUUGGGAGGAGCGGGCAUGGAAGGAGCUUAUAAAGCUGCGAGAGGAGAUGUUCUGGGCCAGGAUUGGAGGUGUACGGUGA